UGUUUCACUUCUUUUUACAGUCUAAUUUCUUGAUGACUAUAGUGAGGACUUUGUCUUCAAGUUCUGAUUUUGACAAACGGGAAAAUGAGAAGACUCGUAUUGAGAAAGCAUUCCAGGAGAGUGACAAGACCCUUUCUGAGAUGGUCUCUGACAAUUAUUCAGAACUGACGAAGAUCUUGCAGACAUUUAGUAUUGUUAACAAGAAUGUAAAUGAAUCUAGAGACAAGAUCCGAAAGAUCAAAGAAGAUCUCAGUUCCUGUAAGACACUUUUACACUGUAAGAGAGAUGAACUACGCCGUCUGUGGAUUGAAGGAGUUGAACACAAAACUAUUGUGUCGAUUCUGGAUCAAAUUGAACAGAUCAAAGAUGUUCCUGAAAAGCUGGAAGGUUACAUGGCCAAGAAACAUUAUCUCCAUGCCACAGAACUGGUGGUGUCUGCUGUGGCUAGAGUGGAGGGCAGUUUGUCUGGUGUUAAUGCUUUGAGGGAUUUAAAAGUGGAUCUAAUUGCAAGAAAAGAGCAAAUGCAUGAAGUCCUGAUUGAUGAGUUAAAUCGUCAGAUAUAUAUCCGUGCCACCAGUGAAGUGUCAAAAAAUGUCCAGAAGCCUGGCUCUGGGCGUUCCUCUAAACAAGCCCCACAAACCACUUCACCUGCUGACAGAAACUAUAGAAGACCAGGUGGAAUGGCAAGGACUUUGUUGAAAGAUGUGAGUGGCAGUCCAUCUUCAUCACCAACUUUGUCUGUCACAUGUGGGGAGAAGAAUGGUGAAAUUGCAGAAGACCUGAACUCUGAUCCUGAGGAAAAUUUAAGUCACUUCAUUGCUAUAUUAGUAGAGUCAUUGUUCCUUCUCAAGAAACUUCCAGAAGCUGUUGAGGCAGUCAAAAUGAGAAUACAGCCAGAAUUAAUGGCCAUUGUGUCUCGAGCUUCUGAAAAAAUUGUGGAGAGCUCAUGUCACAAAGGUGAUAGCCUGGCUAAUGAACAUCAGCCUCGUUACCUGUUACAGCUACUACAGUUGGUGUUUCAACAGUUCCGAUGUGUUGCCAACACUCACCAGAUUGUCCUCAACAAUUUGCACCGUAUUGUGGCAUCUGGUGCACCUCUCCGCUCUGACCAACUACUCUAUGAUAUGGUGGAUAUUUGGUCAAAGAUUCAGGCUGUGCUACAACUGUUGCUAAGUGACUAUCUUGACAUUCAGAACAGUGCAUCGUCACGGCAGAAUGCCCCCAGCAAUUUUGAUGAGCCAAACACUGAUAUUGGUAUGUAUUUCUCCAAGAAGAAACCUACCAAACCCAAAAAGUUGCCAUUGUUCCGCUUCGAUGCCUCCAUCCAUGCUUUGAGUACCAAUAGUUACAUUGAAGACCACAGACCUACUGAAUUAAUUGGUGGAACAGAUGGCCUGAUGGAAAAUGCUAAACACCAGUUUGUUUGCAAACCUGGAGCCCACAACAUUACAGCCAUUUUUACAACACUGGAAAGUUUCAUCAAGGAAAUUGAAACCGCGAUGGCCUGUGCUCCAGGUUCAUCAAGUCUGCAAGCAUUUGUUACAGAGUUUGUUAAGAACAUCUUCCUCUACCAAGUCCACUAUAAUGUCUCCAGUAGCAUUUCUUCUGCAACAAAAGGUUUUGAUGCCCUUCGGAAUGUCAUUGACCACAAAACCCAGAAAGAACUUGCUGUUCCUCGGCCACUUUUGCAGAGUACAGUAACUGUGGACCGGAACAUCCAGGAACUUCAGGCCCUCAUGCAUGACUUGCCAGACUAUGCAGAGCAAUUCCUCAACAUGAUUUGUAAAAUACUUGAAGAAUAUCGAGACACAUGUCAUUCAGCCUACCGUGGUAUUGUGCAAUAUGAUUCUGAUGAGAAACGAAUUAUCAGUGCCAUGUGGGCCAAAGAUGAGGACAUCAGCAGAUUUCUGAGGUCCCUUCCUAGCUGGAGAAGCCUACAGCCAACAGCUGGGCAAGAGCUGAACCUUAUAGCAUGCUCUGAGGAAGAAAUGAGAGCACUCAACCUGAAAGAAGCAAUGAUUUUAAUCAGUAAUUUGUCGACAGCUGACUCUUUGAUUCCACAGCAGGAGAUCAUAACUGAUGUUACCCAAAUGAGGACAGUAGCAAAUGUCCAUGAGAGUUUGGAAUGGUUUGCUCACUGUCGGACACCAUCCACCCAAACAAACAAUGACCCAAACAUUCCGCCAGUGUCUGAGAAAACCCUGUCGUCUUUGAAAUCUUUGGUGACUGAUUUCCAAAAUCUAGCAGAGAUAUGUCUGUUGCUGCUACACCUUGAAGUGCGUGUACACUGUUUUUACUAUCUGUUGCCAGUUGCAAAACAGUCCAACUAUGCUGGACCUAUAGAUGACCUUGAUCCAGACUCCAAUGUACUCAAACUAAACAAGGACCUCUCCAACAUUGAAGAAGUACUUUCACUCAGUUUACAACCAAAGAAAUUCAAGUACAUCUUUGAAAGUCUUGGCUACUUGGUUGCUUCCAUCCUCAUCAACAGUAUUCAAUUUCUCAAGAAGAUCAACGAGAAUGGCAUCAAGAAAAUGUGUCGUAAUAUUUUUGCCAUCCAGCAGAAUCUUACCAACAUCACCAUGUCACGGGAGUCAGACUUGGACCAUGCCCGUCAGUAUUAUGAGUUGCUAUACACCAGUCCUGAUGCUAUCAUCGAUGGUAUAGCUGAGAAAGGAGCUCAGUACACAGAGCAAGAGUACAUCCAGUUGUUCCAGUUACAGCACCGCAGCCAGCCAGGUGCAGCCAUGUCUACAUCACAGGACCAACUUGAAGCCAGACUACAGAGGUUGCACACUGUAAUGCAGAAUGUAUCACAUUCUGCUGCAGACGAUAGCACUAAUUGCACUAAUAUUGAGAACCAUGCAAGAAUGCCCUAAUGCUUAUAUACAUGCAGACAUACAAAUAUAUAUUCAAAUAUCCAAAACAAACUCCCACACACACACACGUGCAUGUGCAACUGGACAAAUGUUGUGCUGAUGAUGGCUACUAAGCCUGGGACACAUGUCUACAACUGUUCUCUAGAUGAUAAUCCUGCCCUUUUUCUUGCAUGUCAACUUAUGAGAUUUUGAAUUUUGCAAUUAUUUCCCCUCCUCAAGUGGAGCUGGUCUUAUUUCCCAACCUUUUUCUGACUCCCACCCGCUUGGUUCCACUUUUCUCCUCCCCUCCCCACAUCACACCACCACAAACAUAUCUCUUUCUACUUCAAAUUUAAAACAACUGUAUUUCACAAAUAAAACUUCAUCCAGUUAA